AUGAGGUUGUUGGAGUUUGGGUGCCUGGUUGCAGUUCUAUGUGGUCUUCUUGUGUCUGUGAAAGCUAAGAUUUACAUCGUAACUAUUGAAGGUGAACCUGUUACUAGUUAUGGAGGUGGAAUUGAUGGACAUGGAUUUUUUGUUGGAGAUGAAGGGUACAGGCAGGACAGUGACAUUCAGAAAGUUAAGCUUUUAAGGGAGGCAUUGACACAGCUCUCCAAGUUAGUUGAGUCCAGAGUUAGUACAGGUCUCGAUACGAUCUUAACACUAUUCUAUUCCUUUUGGAAUUGGGGCUGCUGCCAGGUUAGAUUAAACACUAUCUACCAUAAAUCUUCUGUUUGCAUAUCUAGAGGCUGUGGAUGGCAGCACCUUGGGCCUUUCAUAAAUCUAGGAGCAUUCUACCUAUGUGGGAUUUCACUUGCUGCAACAUUGGCAUUUUGGGUCAAAUUAAGAGGUAGAGAACUUUGGAUUGGUAUGACCAUCUUUUCUAAGUUCAAACAGCAUCCUCCCCCUCUCCCUGUAACUCAUAUUUGUCAAUUUGCACCAGGUUCCAUUUUUUCUGAUCUUGUAGCUGAUGAAGUCUCUAGGUUAAUUUUAAUUUUGUUGUUUGGAUUUUGUUUGAAUUUAAUUUGACUUGAAUUUUUAGGUUUAACUUAGUUUGAAUUAGGAUUUCAAAUUAGAAUUAGCUUUAGUUAGUGAACUUUGAACAUGUUAUUCUAGUUCUUGAGUGUUGUAUUGUUGAUGGUUUGGAUAAUAAUUCUUGAUUUAUUUUAUGUGAAAGCUGAUUAGAU